UUCAAAAAUCUGUUGAAACUCAAAAAAAAGGAUGGAUGAAUCAAUCAGUAACAAAGAAAGACUCGUGCAAGAUGAAAAAUCCUCUUCAAGAACCAAAAGGAAACUGCGAAUGAUAAUCUGUCUGUUAGCUCUCUUCACUCUCAUAAUUGUUGCUAUCAUCUCUGUUUCAAUAAUACUUAAACACGAAACAGAGUCCAAAUCACUGUCGUUUUACCCAACAAACGCUAUUACGUUAGUCUGUGAUCUCAUCAGCGAAUAUCCAGACUCAUGCUACGACUCCAUUGCUGCACUUCACUAUGCCCAAAUCCCAUCCCGAGAUAAAAUUAACCCAUCUCGGAUCUUCAUCCUUUCGCUUUAUGCUUCACGAAUAGAGCUUGAUAACGUCGCUUCUUCAAUUGAAAAAGCAAUCUCAGAGGUACACAUGAUUGACACCAAGACUGUUGGGGUAUUGAGGAAUUGCCAAGGAAUGAUUGAAUUCGCUCUAAAGCAACUCAAUGAAUCGGAAACGAGUUUGGGUAUCGACCCAGAUGAGAAAAUAUUGGCGAUUAAUAAAGUUGUCUGGGAUUUGCAACGGUGGAUUGGCGAGGCCAUGGGUCAAGUACAGAGAUGCUAUGAUUUGUUGGAAAAGAUUCCGUCGACGGUUAGGGCGGAAAUAAGAGAGAAAAGCUAUGAAGCCCAGCAAAACAUGAAGAAUAGCAGAGGAAUAUUGCAAAAUAUGGACGAUAUUUUUGACCUGUUUUAUCCGAGAAUAGGAACAGCAUUAGGGUCUUUAGUUUGGGAAUUUGAUUAUGGGCUAACUGUUUGGCUCUUUUGCUUUGAGUAUUUGCUCUUGAUUUUUCUUUUUUGCCUGUUGUUACGUGUAUAGUGAUUUCCAUUUAGUUGUGUAUUUUGUUGCUACAAAA